GAAGCCAUUAUGAAGAAUGGAAGUACUGCUGGCGGAGGCGCUUUCUGCCGAAAACCAGCCAGUAGCAAUGAUCAAAGUAAGCCCAGUAGCACGAAGGAGAGCAAUGCAUCUGCUGCAGGUGAAAGUGGAAAAAGCUACACCAAAGACCAAAUGGAAGGAGUAUUCAGUAUAAAGAAAUGUAAAAAUUAUUAUGAAGUCCUUGGCGUGUCAAAGGAUGCAGGUGAAGAAGACCUAAAGAAGGCUUAUAGAAAACUUGCUUUGAAAUUCCACCCAGACAAAAACCAUGCACCUGGAGCAACAGAGGCUUUUAAAAAAAUUGGAAAUGCAUAUGCUGUGCUGAGUAAUCCAGAAAAACGAAAGCAGUAUGACCUUACUGGCAGUGAAGAGCAAACGUGCACUCACCCUAGCAAUGGUAGAUUCAACUUCCAUAGAGGCUGCGAAGCAGACAUUACUCCAGAAGAUCUAUUCAACAUGUUUUUUGGAGGGGCCUUUCCAACAGGUAGUGUCCAUUCAUUUUCUAACGGUCGUGCUGGCUACAGUCAUCCGAAUCAGCACCGUCAGAGUGGACAUGAGAGGGAGGAAGAGAGGGGUGAUGGAGGUUUCUCUAUGUUCAUUCAGCUGAUGCCUAUUAUUGUGUUGAUCCUUGUCUCCUUGUUGAGCCAGUUGAUGGUAUCUAACCCUCCUUACGCCUUAUACCCAAGAUCAAGUACAGGGCAGACCAUAAAAAUGCAAACAGAAAACUUGCGUGUUGUUUAUUAUGUCAACAAGGACUUUAGAAAUGAAUACAAAGGAGUGUCAUUACAGAAAGUGGAAAAGAGUGUGGAAGAGGAUUAUGUGUCCAACAUUCGGAAUAACUGUUGGAAGGAGAGGCAACAAAAAACAGACUUACUUUAUGCAGCAAAAGUAUAUCGAGAUGACCGUCUCCGAAAGAAAGCAGACUCCAUGCCCAUGGACAACUGCAAAGAACUAGAACGGCUGACCAGCCUCUAUCGAGGAGGAUGAACUACAGUUCCACACGUCCAUCUUUACGUAUGCCGUUAUCUCUCUUGUAAAUUAAGAAGAGAUUUAGUUUCACCAUGAAUGCUGGAAAAGAGGGGUGGAUGUAAAACUCUACUGUGUAGCUGUUUCCAGAAACCUUAUGCUGACAUAUCAUUUAAUGGCUUCUUUACCUACUGUGAAAUAUAGGUAACUUUAAUUGUCUAGAUUCUACUUCAAAGCUUCUGUGAGUUCUUUCAGCAGAGAGGAUAGCUCAGAAAGGAUGCUAUACUUGUAGAGACUUAGUCAUAGUGGUUCUCCUCUAACAUAUUUGCCAUGUAAAUAUCUGUGGAAAGAACACUUUGUGUAUAUACGAGUUAAAUGACUUUCUAUUUAAAAUCUCAGAAAUUUAGUUCCAUACAACAUUUUGUCUCACUGAUGGAAUAAAUAGUAUGAUUACGUCACUGCUA